AUGGAAGAGCUGACUAAACGACGUCCAAGGAUUACAAUUGUUGGUGUUCCUGUAGUCCUCACUGAUAAAGAAGUGUUCGAGUGCAUCUUCGAGCAAAAUAUUGCUGAUAAAUUUCACAAUGCCAUGCGUGAUUCCUUCCUGGAAAAAGUCAAACUGAGCCAUAAAUCAGAUGAAAAGAAUAUUGAAAUGCUUAGAUUGUUUAUGGACGGUUCUUGCGGAGAUUGGUACAGUUCAAUGAUUAUAAAACUAACAAUGAACUCUGAAUGGUUGACAUGGAAGAACAAAUUCUGUGAAACAUUUGAAAACAAAGGAUGGAACCCAGUCACUUAUGCACUAUUAUUUAAAUAUAAAGAUGGUUCAUUGUUGGAUUAUGCUAUGAAAAAAGGAAAACAUUUAUUGGGUAUAGGGAGAUCAACUGACACAGGAAAAGAAAAUUUGGAAGCAGACUGUCUAAGCAGAAAUCCAGUAUUAGAAUCGAAUGAGAACACUGAUGAACGAUUAAAAAUUGUGAACUUAAUUAAACUGGAAGAUAUUUUUACAGAUCAAAAUAAAAAUAAAGAAAUAUAA